AUGAUCCUGACUCUUCUUAAUUUCAUUCUUUGGGGUAACGAUGAAGCCCGCGGAGCAUUCAUGUUCGCCGACUGCAUUGUUCUCUCAGCACUAGUCUAUGUCGACAAGAGCAUGAAAGCUGAGCAAAAAGUUCUGGAAGAAGAAGCCGCCAAUGAGGUGAAGCAAAUGCACGAAAUGGACAAGGCAGCAGCCCGUGCUCAAGAUGGAGCCACUCGAUCGAAAAAGAAGGCCAACAAGAAGGCCAAUGGACCGUCCACUGGAAACAAGCAUUUCAACAUUCAACAGCCAGCAAAACGAGACUAG